AUGCUGUUGGCUCGCCACAAGACAUUUGCUCCACCGGAGUGGACAUGCCCAAAUUGCCGACGAGGACUGCAGACGCUGGACUGCUGGUGUGGCAAAGGACUCCCCGAUGAGCCCACUCCGCCACUGUUUCAGGAUCUCUUCAAGAGCCAGAAACAUUAUGACCAGAUCUUGCGGCAAGAGCCUUUCGCCGACAUGCGGCUGAGGCUUUUGGGCAAGGGCCAGCGUCAGCUGAAAUCUCAGGGAGAGUAUCUUCUGAGCCACAUGGGCCUGAACAAGCAUCAGGUGCAGCUUUGGAAGGACACGGACACCGAGCGCAGAUAUCGACUUAUGCGGACAGCCUCACUGCCCAGUGACACGAAGAGCACUGCAUCGGAUGCGCUGUCUGAGCGGCCCUCAACCUCGUAUUCUGCCACGGAGCGGCGGGUUCCACAAGAUCCUGUUCAAGCCAUCUUGAUGAAAGGCCCACCAUCCUUCUCUCCCGCUAUGGCCGGCCUUGCAUCUGCCGCCUUGGCCUAG